AGGUUACAGAUGCUAAUAUAAGUUUCAUCCAUGGACUUGAUAUGAAUGCUAGCCACUUGAACUUCAAAUUCUUCAGAGCACAGAGGGGUUUAUUCUGCGUGUUAUUGCAGUUUGCAGUAUCUUUCUCUAUCUCUUCCUCUUUCUCCUGCUGUUGAAUAUCACUUUUAAGAGUCAAAAUGUGAAGUACAAGCCAAUUUUAGACCAGCUAGGAUUCCACACUUUGCAAUGGAAAAAACAUCAAUACAUUGUUUUUGGGCUAUAAAUAAUAUCGUUACACUCACACUCUUUUUUUUUGUUCUUGGCUUUCAUCAUUAGGAUCCUUGGCGACUGUCCAAAACUAUAUACAUACGGCAUUCUAGUGCUUAUAUAUCCAAAACUAUAUACAAUAGGUUAAUUCUUUCCCAAAAUAAAACAGGAUAAACUCAAAUUUAAUUCUCUUAUGCAUGCACGCCAUAAAAAUAAAGAAUUCAAUUUGAGGUGCUUUGUUCAGCAUGUUAAAAUAUUUCCUAUGCCCUUGGCCAAAUGACAUCCAGCCAUAAUCAUCCUGUUGGCAAUGUAUGUAUGUCUCCAAAAUCAUGUCAAUUUGAUUGAUAAUGCAGAUCUAAACCACACUGUAAUUUCUUGUUGGUAAUUUCUGCUUGGAUACGUAUCAAGUGUCCCAAACGGAGAUCCAAAACACACUGUAAGACUUACCAGAUCUAAACCACCUGAAUUUUCUUAGGCAAGUUAAAGAGCUCUUCUGAUCUGUGUGAAGGGAAUGCUACAAUGUUGUACUUGAACAACAUAAAUAUUACUUUAGGACACUGUAUAUGCGUUAAGUUAUUCAAGGGAACAUUAAGAGAUGGAAGGCAUAUAGCAGUGAAGACUCUCUCAGUUUGGUCAAAGCAGGGAGUUCGCGAAUUUUUGACUGAAAUUAAAACUUUGUCAAAUGUUGAACAUCCAAACCUUGUUGAAUUGAUUGGAUUCUGCAUUCAAGGACCUAGCCGUACAUUAGUCUAUGAGUAUGUGGAAAAUGGAAGCCUUAAUAGUGCCCUACUUGGCACAAGGAAUGAAAACAUGAAACUAGACUGGAGAAAAAGAUCUGCUAUUUGUCUUGGUACUGCUAAGGGUCUUGCAUUUCUUCAUGAAGAACUUUCACCACCUAUUGUACACAGAGACAUCAAAGCUAGUAAUGUACUACUUGACAGAGAUUUCAAUCCCAAAAUAGGUGAUUUUGGGCUGGCUAAAUUAUUUCCAGAUGACAUCACUCACAUUAGCACAAGAAUUGCUGGAACAACUGGUUACUUAGCACCAGAAUAUGCAUUAGGUGGCCAGUUAACCAAGAAGGCUGAUAUAUACAGCUUUGGGGUUCUUAUACUUGAAAUAAUUAGUGGCAGAAGCAGUGCCAGAAGGACAAACGGGGGAGGAUCACACAAAUUCCUCUUGGAAUGGGCCUGGCAACUUUAUGAAGAGAGGAAAUUGUUGGAGUUUGUAGAUCAAGACAUGGAAGAAUUUCCUGAGGAAGAGGUAAUUAGGUACAUGAAGGUUGCUCUUUUCUGCACACAGUCAGCAGCAAAUAGAAGGCCUUUGAUGAUACAAGUUGUUGAUAUGCUAUCCAAGGCAAUCCAACUCAAUGAGAAAGAACUUACAGCACCAGGAUUCUUCACAAAUGAAGGAGAAUCCUCUAGAAAUAACUCAAACCCUGUCUCUUCAUUUAUUACUAUUACUCAAGUGACCCCACGGUAAUGUGAAUUGCAGGGUUGCAAAUGGAAUAAAAAAGUAAUGUUUGUUUUUUAAAAGAUUAUUUGAUAGCCGUCUAUUAUUUUUGUUUCGAUUUUUUUUUCAGAAUAUAAUAUAACAUGGCUUGAAAGCAAUUUCGUGCACUAGUGCAUGUUGAAACCAGUA